AUGAUAAUUAUAGCAAUAAGCAAAAUGCUACUGAAAUGUACAGCCAAUGCUGGUAUUACUAGCAACAGCAGCAGUUCAUUUUUUUACGUCGAACGAGGUAUUCUUGGCGAGUUCGAAACGUUAUGUUUUUAUUUUGUUAUUUUCAUUUAUUUAUUUAUUAUUAUUAUCAUUAUAUUUUUUACGUCGAACGUUAUAUAUUUAUUUCGUUUUUGUCCCAUCAGUGUUUCAUUUUUUUUAUGAACGCAAUGCAGUGUUUGCGUUUAUGUUCAAGUGAUAUUUUGUUUUAGUUCAUACAGCAAUUCAAAUAUAUAUCCUUGCAUUUUUAGUGUACUGGAAACUUAUCAGAUCGGCAAGGAAAUGUUAAUUCCACGUGAAUGUUUCUAUAAUUUGACACAUGUUAAUUAAAGCAUGCGACUUCAACUUCCUCUAAAUGUCCAACAAACUAGCGAUAAAUCAGAUAACUUAUCUUUUAAAAAACCGAACGAAUGACGGAUGGCUUCCUUAUCUCCACGCUCCGGCGGGCCACACCCAGGACCUGCCUUUGACCCCGGGCCGCACUUGGGACUUCACUUUCGCUGUCGUCACGCUGGUUUAUGUCAGGUCCGACGGCAAGGCUAUGGCGCACAAGAUGAAGUGAUGACAACACAAAGUCCUGAAGUCCUCGAAGCGGGAGACGUUGGCCGAGGAGACACUUGCAGGCACUACCGCCGCCCAAAGCCACCAAGCCACACCCGCCACCGCCGCCCACCAACCAGAAUUGCUUACAGUCAAAAUGAAUUAUCUGGAUCAGUAACGAGACAACGAUCGAGCCAAGGACGAGUUAAUGAAGCAUUCUUCACAUGUGGGAGCGGCGGCCGACGGUUCCGGGAGGCGCCCACACGCCGCGGCAGCCUCCCGCGCCUCCUCCCUCCGCCUCACCUUGGAGCGCCGCGCUGGACAUCGGAAGAGCUGUAGCGUCCCCAAAUAAGAAGCGGCCUAAGGCACGUAGGAUGCACUCGGGAAGCCGUAAAAACUAGUGGAAGGAAGGCCACGCCGGCCGCCGCGGGGGAAUGGCGGGAUCUCCUGCUAGGAAGAAGCGCGUCGACCGCCAGGUGUUCUCGCUCCUCACGGACGUCGCCGCAUUGCUGGAACAUCCUGAAAGGUAUCCUUUUCCCUGAUGCGCGGAGGAGGAUGGCUCUUCGUCGUUAUUUAACUAUGCAUAUACUGAUGAUAAGGAAUGAAUUUGUGAUAAGGAAGAGAAAUGCAAAUCCAGUCCUCACAGUUACACCAAAAUGUGACUGCCUUCUCGAAAGAGCAACCACUGAUCUGUGAAGUGGCAAAAGUCUUUAUCUUGAUCUCGUUCACAGACCGGGAUUCUCAGUCACACGUGGGGUCUAAUGACUUGAUCGAAGUCGUUUUUAGUACUGAACGGUAUACAGUCCUCCUGCACGCGCCUCCGGGAGUUUAAGCUACAUUUCCGUCAUAAGCUCUUUCAUUAUCUUUAGGGGUAUGUGCAUUGAUAACAAAAAAGAAAAGAAAAAGAAGAAAAAGAUACACAUGCACACACAGAAGAAUGGAUGAAAGUGCUAUAUUUCUCAACUUAGAAAAUAUGUUUCUUUUAUUUAUCAUACAGGACAUUCAUUCUGUUUGAUGUAGAUUCCAUCUCCAUGCCCUCUGAUGUACAACUCAAGGUACGAAAUCUGCAUCUGCAUGCACAUACCUUUUCGAUCGUGAGAGGAGGCGUGUGUACGUAUGUGAUGUACGUAUAUAAGAACCGAGAGAGCCCGGGGCAUGGGACAAGGUCAAGUGGAGGGCGGCAGUACCCAGGAAAGGCCACGGAUAGACCCAGGAAAGACCAAGGAUUAUGGGGGCUGCGCACAGUUAUCCCGAAUGCCUCGGGCGCUAUUCCUCUUUCUGUCCAAGGAGUAGAAAAGGAUACUGCAUGUAACGCCUCGCAAAGGGUAAACAUGUCAUCGGCAGCCCCGUUUCCCAGUAAAUCUAAAACAAAUCAUGUAUUUAUAUCAGAAAUUAAUGAAUGACAAAGAUAAUUGUAAACGAAUACGAGGUUUGGCGACACCGUGGGUCUCAAUUUCACGCUUUUCCAUUACAGUAAAGGUGGUUUCAAACACAGAUCUAUAAACAUUUAUUGCUCACAUUCUAGUCUUUUGAGAAAGACCAAUGGUAAAAGAAAAAAGAAAACGUUCAACAGAGCGAGAACUAAGGAACAAAGAACAUGCAUUAAAGCAUAUGGCGCGAAAUAAGUAUAUAAAUGAACAUACCGUACUGCUUUAUUUCAAUAUGUUAAAAUGUCUUGUCAAAAUCACCAAGAAUGUUGUUAGGGCAGUUAAUCCCGGGUUCCGGUUACACUUCCUUGUUAACAGCUGAUGUUUGCUGUGCAGUCUACAGUUAUGCAAUAUAUAUAUACCAAAACAAUUGAAUAUAGAAUUAUUGAAGCAUUUUUGCAUAUACUGAAAACAUCAUAUAUAUAUAUA